GCCGAGCCGGGGGUAAUGGGGGGGAGGGGGGGGGCAGCGGCACCUUCUGCCUUGUGGCUGGGACAGGGUGACCUUGGGCGCUGCCCGGCCACCUGCCCUUGCUCCCGAUUAGGCUCUGCCUUCCCGCCUCGGUCUCAGUGCCCGAUUUUAGGAUCUGAACUCAGCGGGGCCCCGACCCGGAUCUGCGCGGUGCCUCUGGAUUCCGAAGGGGCUGCAGGACAUCCCCGGGGGUCCCUGUGCCCCCGCACCCCGGGCCAUGAUCGCCAUCUCCAUCCCCGGGGCCGAGACACAGCCCGGGGCGCGCAGCCCCAACCGGGCGCACACGUGUCCACCCCGAGGCAGGAGGGUGACUGGGAGGCCACUGGUGAUGGUGAGGCUGGAAGCUGCAGUGGCUGUUCAUGGUGGCCAUCAUGGCUGAGACUGGAGGCCAACCAACAACCAACACUGCAGGUGUUCCGGGUGGAGGUGCUGUGUAACGGCCGGCGGCACACUGUGGCCAAGCGCUACAGCGAGUUCCAGGCACUGCACAAGCAGAUCAAGAAGACCUGCAAGGUCCCCGACUUCCCACCCCGCCACGUCCCCAACUGGAUGCCUAAGGUGCUGGAGCAGCGCCGGCAGGGCCUGGAGCUCUACCUCCAGGGUGUCCUGUACCACAAUGAGGAGCUGCCCCAGGACGUGCUGGACUUCCUGAAGGUGCGUCACUGCCAGCAGGACCCCAAGACCAGCAGUUCCCUCGCCAGCUGCCCACCGUUCCAGCGUCCUGUUGUUGGCUUCUGCACUGACCCCUAUGUGUGGCCACCAGGCACAGACCUGCUUCCCAACACAGUGAUCAGCGGGGUCCUGCAGGGGCUCUACCUCCCCCUGCACUGUGCCCCAACCCCAGCAGCACCCCGAGACCCCAGCCAGCAAGGGAAGGAUCCCUAUGGUAUGAGUAAUUUUCCUGUGUCACUGCUGGAGCUCUGAAAAAGGAACAGGAGAAGCCAAAGGGAGCACAGCUGCUUGCCAAGUCCAUCACCACCCAAGGCACCUUAUUUAGGAGAGCAGCUCUGUUUUGCGGUUGCAGCUGGAGACUUUGGACUCCGAAUCAAGCUGGAAAACCCUUUAGUGUCUGGGCUUUGGUGCAAUAAAUCACCUGGGCUUG